AUUUCCUUUGAUCCUAAAACUUCAUUUAUAGGAGAAUUGAAUUGACUUAUCUUAAAUUUCACUUUGAUUUUUAUAAUUUUUAGGUUCUGAAAAAAGCCUUCACGAACAAAAAUUAUUUUUAUUGAACUAAUUAAUCAGAUUAGAAAUCAAUUUAAAAUUGCGUUAAAAACUACAAAAGAUAGAAGUGAAGGAAUUUUCAUUAGUUUAUUUAUUAUAAUUUUAUUCAUGAAUAUAAUAGGUUUGUUCCCUAAUAUUUUUACUCCUACAAGACAUAUUACAAUAAAUAUAAUAAUUUCACUACCUUUAUGAAUUGGAUUUAUAGCCUUUGGUUGAAGAAACUUCACUAAUAAAAUAUUAAGUCAUUUAGUUCCUAACGGAACUCCAACAGCCUUAAUUAGAUUCAUAGUAAUAAUUGAAUUAAUUAGGAACUUUAUUCGAUCAUUAACUCUUAGAAUUCGUUUAAUAGCUAAUAUAGUUUCAGGACAUUUACUAUUAACAUUAAUAGGAAAUUUAAUAGAAAAUUCAUCAAUUAGAAUAGUGAUCGUAUUAACCUUUAUUCAAAGAAUUCUGUCUUCACUUGAAUUAGGUGUAGCAUUUAUCCAGGCCUAUGUUUUCUGUAUACUUCUUACCCUUUAUUCAAACGAAUCAGAUUACAACUAA